AUGUCUGGUCAGGAGGUGAGUCAGGACAAGACUAGUAUUCUUUUCUCCAAAAAUGUUAACAUGAGCAUGCAAACAAAACUCCAACAACUAUCUAAAUUUAGAAGUACUAAGAUUUUUGGCAAAUAUCUGAGAGUACAAUUAAGUGGGAAAAAGCUCAAAAGUAAUGACUUUCAGUACAUUAUGGAGAAAGUGGCUGCAAAGUUAAAUUGUUGGAAGAAGAACAGUCCGCGCUUGCUGGGAGAAUUACGUUGGCCAAAGAGCGUUAUUGAGGCUAUACCGUUGUAUCUAAUGAUGACAAAUAAAUUGCCUAAGUUUUGCAUUGAUUCUAUUCAUGGCUUGCAUAUGAGAUUUAGUCUUAGGAAGGAUGUUGCUAAAACUAUUCCAAUCAUGAUGAAAACAGGCAUGUGGGUAGUAGUAGAUGAAGAACUUAGCGAAGCUAAAGUGUGUGAUUUGGUUACUGAGAGUGGUGAGUGGAACUUCAGGACUAGUAAUGACAAAUUCUUGGUUAAGGAGAUGUUCAAAGAAAUAGAAGGAUACAACCUUGAUAAUGCUGAUGGAGAUUGGAAAAAAUAUGGAAAGCUUCAGUUCUGA